GUUCGUUUGGUUGUGCCUUUGUUGCUAGUCCAUAACAGGGGUCCUAAAACAAAUUACAUGGGAUGGAUCUGGCCGAGGUUUUCGAUUGAGAUAGCAACUCCGCAGUGCCGAAGAAAGGGGGAAAUAAAACCACUGCUUCAAUUGCCAGCGGCAGCACUAACAACAUUCCAUCUAUAACCCGCACCAUCUGAUAAGAGCAGAGGGUCAUCGAUUGACCUACACACGGAGUUACAAAGAUCGGCCACUCUUCGUUUCAUCAAUUAUGAAACCCGAAUCUUGCCAAACGGUAUAAAAUUGAAUAUUCGGUGAAACAACAUAAACCAAUCGCGUUGGUCCUAAUGUGUUCAUGAAAGGGGUUACUUGGAUUGCAUCGCUAGCACGUCAUGCUAAAGGCUCCAUGGUGAUUCGGUAAUAAACCUUCCAGGUCAGUGUCGGAAUGCAGCGAUACAGUGACAGCUACACAUCGGCAUCGUUUCUGUUAUCGCUACCGUUGUAUUCGUCAUCGUGGGCUUUAUCAGCAUCAGCAGUACAUCACUCCAAAAUGCUUCCCUCCAUCUUCUACGGCUACUGACUGCUAGAUUGCUGCAUUAACGCGUCGUCCGCCGAGAUUUGAAAAGGUCCAAGUGACUCACCGACCGAAAAUAAGCGAUCUCUAGUCUCCUUGUCAGCUGACGAUAUGAUUAUCCGUUCUCUUAUGGUAUUGCGAGAAAGAUAACACUUUCGAAUAGCACCACCAAACCGAAAGAUUCACGAAGUUGUAAGUGUAGAACGGGUGUUUAAAGCAGUCCAAAAUUGCGAGCAUAGUGUGACAUUUAACUCACGAAAAAGGAAGUGUAGAACUGUACCAUCAUGAAACAAUGUCACCGACGAUGAUAACCAUCAUACACUGUUUGGCUAUCGGGAUCCUGAUAUUCUGGUGUGGUAAAUGGAUCAUCCACCUAACCGCCAUCACCUACGGAAAGGUGAAACUACACAAGAAAGCCUCUCAGCAGCCACGCGAAACGCCAUACCCAUCAGUUUCGAUACUAAAACCACUGAUGGGAGUUGAUCCAAAUCUGCAAAGUAAUCUAGAAACGUUUUUCCUCAUGGACUACCCAGUGUAUGAGCUUCUGUUUUGCAUCGAGUCGUCUGACGACCCGGCCGUAGAAGUGGUCAAUCGGCUGUGCAAUAAGUAUCCCAACAUCGAAGCAAAGCUACUCGUCGGAGGGUCAAAUGUCGGAGUCAAUCCAAAGAUAAAUAAUCUCUACCCAGGCUAUGUGGAAGCCCGCCAUGAGCUGAUCAUGAUUUCAGAUGCAGGCAUUCGAAUGAAGAGCGACACGCUUACAGACAUGGUGAAUCACAUGACGGAAAAGGUCGGGCUGGUCCAUCAGAUGCCGUUUGUAUGCGACCGAGAAGGAUUUGCGGCGGCUUUUGAGAAGAUAUACUUUGGGACAGUGCAGUCUCGUAUCUACCUUUGUGCCGAUCUGCUCGGGAUAAACUGUCAUACUGGAAUGUCCUGUCUGAUGCGCAAAGACGUAUUGGACCAGCUGGGUGGUGUGCAGGCUUUCGGAUGCUACCUGGCGGAGGAUUUUUUUCUCGCGAAAGCCUUCCACGAUCAUAACUGGAAGCUCACCAUCAGUAGCCAGCCAGCUUGGCAGAACUCGGGCAUUUGUGAUAUUAGCAGCUUUCAAGCUAGGCUUACUCGCUGGGCAAAGCUGCGCGUGGCUAUGGUGCCAACCACCAUUCUUCUAGAGCCGAUGUCGGAAUGCAUCAUCGUCGGUAUGUUCGCAUGCGGGGCCGCCAAAGUACUCUUCCGGUGGAAUCCAUUAGUGUUUUUCCUCAUACAUACGCUCGUCUGGUUCCUGUCCGAUUGGAUCUUGCUGUCGAUUAUUCAGAACGGGCCACUCCCGUUCAACAAGUUCACCUUCUUCAUCGGCUGGGCAUUUCGUGAGAUCAGCGGACCGUAUCUGUUCUUCAACGCAUUAUGGAAUCCAGCCAUCAGAUGGCGCACGCGUGUCUACAAACUCGCUUGGGGAGGUGUAGCGUACGAACUAACAUCUCAAAUUAAAUCGUAAUUUUUAAACAGUUCGUUACGUAACCGAAGGUAGCUUUUUAUCUUUUCAUAUUUGUCAUAUUCCUGCUGCAUUUUGUAAUUCCUCCAUUCACGUCUCUUCCUUUUCCCGCUCAUAACUAUAGAUACGCAAAUAACAUGGAAAAUCCCUAGACCGAUCCGAUAUUUCAAGAAAUCCUCGUUAUGCUUGUAGUUUCAAAAGCUGUUAGUUAACUUUCACCUUCAUUGUUUGCUUUGCGUUGUGUGUACUGUUAAUAAUUUAUAGUUUGCUAAAACUAGCAAAAUCAUACGUCACCAAUUUUAUGUUCAUAAGCGGGCGUUUAAAGCAGAUAGAGGGGUGGUCCCGCCCGUUGAACAUAGUUCAGAGUUACGCGAGAGUUAACUAUGCCAAUCCUAAGCUUUUUUGCAUACUCCAGGGUAACGAAAUUCAAAACAGGACGCUUAAAAAUGGAAACGUUGUCUGUAGGAUAUUUUUGUUUAAUUUUUCACUGUACAUAAUAUUUAUAAUCAUUGCGAAAACUAUCGAGUAAGCUGAAAUAAACCAUGGAAAAAGUGACAAAAAACACGAGAAAUGAGAGUCGUGAACAUGAGUAAUAAAAUAAGCGGCAAAAAGUGCGGUGAAAAUGGA